AUGAACAGCAAACGGCGCGAGGCUCAGCGGCUGCCAUCGGCGGAUCGCCCGGCUCCGAGCGGCACCAAGAGCCGCCAGCCCGCUAGCCCUGGCCCGGGCCGGCUCCAGGAUCUGUCCGGUGCUGAAAGCGGCGUCCGCACCGGUCCGUGCCUUCCCACAUGGAUGCGCCUGUACUUCUACGGGAUGCACGGCAUCGCCCUGGACGUGGUGCUGUCGUCGGCGCAGCGCUUCGUGAGCACCAGCGACCCGAAGAUGCUCGGCUUCUCGUCGCCGUACCUCGGCGUGCUGCACUCGCUCGCUCACUUGGCCCUGGAGAGGCUGUACCUGCAGGAGAGGCUCUUCCAGCGCCGCCCGCUGCUCUUCCACCUGCUGCUCUACCCGUCGGCGUACGUGAGCCUGCAGACCGCGCUGGCGACGCUAGGGGCCGGCGGGGAGCCGCGAACCAGCUUACUGCUGCUCCACUACCUGCUCGCCCUGUGUGACUCGCAGCUCUUCCUCAAGCGCUUCCUGCGGCUUCAGUGUCAGUGCCCGGCUCCCGGGCAGCGCCAGCCGCCGCUUCAGGGCCUCCCCGGCUCGCUGCGCUUCGUCUUCUACGGCAUGCACGGCUUCCUGGACGAGAUCGUCUUCACUUCCAUCUUCAACCUGGUGGAGGCGGCGGACGGCCGGCUGCUGGGCCACACCUCGCUCUGGUCCUUCCUAAUGUACGGCAGCUGCAGCUUCGCGGUGGAGAAGCUCUACUUCCAGCUGCACUACCGCUGGGGCUGGAACACCUGGCAGAGGCUGCCCGUCUACAUCCUCUGCAUCUACACCUGGGAGCUCACCUGGGGACUCGGGCUCCGCCUGUACGAUGCCUGCUCUUGGGAUUACUCUCACUAUCCCCUCAAUUUCAUGGGCCUCAUCACAUUGAUGUACUUACCCGGCUGGUUGCUGCUCAGCUAUUACCAGGAUGUGCUGUCUAAUGUCUUACUACGUGUCCACUAUGCCAAGCGCAAAAACUCUAAGACGAUUUAUACUAAUGGGAAAAGCACAACAACUUAACCGCAGCGCCGAGCUUCUCUUUUUAAUAUAUCUGAAACUAGGAGAUUUCAGUAACCAUGGGGAGACUUUUUAAAUACACGAUACAGAGUUACUGCUGUAUGUUUUAAUUUUGGAUAUGAUCUGUGUAGACAGCCGUAUACAAUAACCACUAACAAACUGAAGAGCGCCCCGUUUCCAGAUAAAUGCAUGUUUCCAUUCGUAGCAAUCUUCAAAUUGUAAGAAAUUGAUGAUUAGCUGCUCGUUACACAUUCCACUUUUGCAGAAAAAAAAAUCCUCAAUGGGGCUCCUCUGUGACCAGAAGAUUACAUUCUAAAGAUCAAGAUUGUGAAGCAAUUUUAGAAUCCAUUUCUACUCUCACUUUUAAUGUGUUUGUAGGUUAAACAUCAGGCUAUGGUAGAUUCAGCAGCAAGUGCUGCUUGUUGUGGGAUUGUGAAACUCUUUUGCUCAGUGGGUCAGUUUUGGUAAAAAAGGUUUAUCAUGACCCUGUGCAGGAAAAUCACUGCCAGCACAACCGCUGCUGCAAUACCAAAUCAGUUCGGAAAUCACUUACUUCUGAUCAUAGGAUUAGCAGCUCAAACCAUUUUUAAAAGAUCAAUUUCUAUUUUUAAAAAAUACCAACCAGUAUCAAGUCAAUAAAAAAGGCAGCUGCAGUGGUCUUUUUUAAAAAACGUCAUUAAUUUAGGAUGAGGUGAUACUGAGUCCCGUUAGGAUCAGAAUGACUGGUGUGGUACUAACUAAUACACCACUAUCUGAAUUCAGAAAUUUCUGAACGUGAAUAAUAGAAUUAGUUUCUUACUACUGUACUUCAGCAUGUGUUCUAUAUACGUCACAGUAUUUUUAGUUUUUUUAGCCAAAUGUGGUGGCUAAUAGAACAGACAAUUGUUUUUUCCUAACCUAUGAAAGACCUUGCCGAUGAGAGGCACACGCUCACUUUAAUACAUUGAAUAUUAAGGUUCAUAAUUCUAAUUGGAAGAGCUGAAUGUACACUACUUUUUUUUUAAAAAAAUUCAAUUGUUCACAUUAUGUAGAAACUUAUUAAUUUCAUUAAAACGUACCCAAUGUGGAUUGUAAAGAUUGCACUAGAGCUGCACGACUUCUCGAACACAGAGUUGCAAGAGCGGAGUUCAAAUCUACAAGAUCAAUGACACUGUUCCUGCAAUGGACAUGUUAACCACACAGGUUCAAUUUUAAUAUUGUACUGUGGUGUUUUAUUUGAAGUAUAUAUAAUUUUGUUGACAUUGUUUGAUAACAGCCAUGUGUCACUGACGUAUUGGGUUACUACAAUACCUUGUUUAAAAAAAAGACUACAAUUUGGCUUCACCUUUGCAUUUAGUACAGUACAAUGAAUAAAAUAAGUAAUUAUUGAUAAAGACUGUAAACAUGCUAAGCUAAGGCCACAGUUUAUAUCUGUACACUUCUGUAUCAGACAGCUUAAGCAAAAAUUAAUCCAUACAUUGCAUCAUUAAAAACAUUACACAUAACAGAAGUAGUGUGAGGACUGCAUUGUACUCGUGCUGCCAUGCUCUUCAUUGCUUCCAUAUUCUGCUGAUUUGGGAAUUAUAAUAGAAUAAAUAGAGAUUUAUGUUUUA